GCAGCCACAUUGAUUGCCAUCCAGGAACUCAAGCAUUUGUUGGUGUCACUAAGAUAAGAUGGUGUUGCGUGGUUCCUGGUGGCUCCUGUCUGUCUGUCUUCUAUCCUGGGAGCUGGGGAUUCUGGUCCACCAGACAGAAUCUCGGCCAAUAGGUGGUGCGAUGUCCUGGUACAAUGGUGGCAAUGGAGACCUCUUAAACAUAGAUGACUUUGAAAUGAUUGUUCAAAAGGAAAUAGCUGGAAUUUACAGGAUGGAGGAUGUGGAGAACAAUAUCCUGAAUGUCAGUGCCCAAGAGUGUGAGAUUCUUACUAAUGAUUUUGCAAAAUUUCAGCAAGUCAACACUGCUGGUUCAUUCUCCAAGAGACUCCAGAUGCUGAAGGAAUUGCUCAAGAGAUGCCCAAUACCACUCAUGACAAAUAUCAUCUUGCUUUAUGGCAGAUGAACAUUCAGAGUGACGAAGUGAGUCUCAGGUGAUCUCAACCUGUGAUUGGUCCCAACCACUGUGAGUGCAAAGCAUCGUGAACCCAGCUGUACUCUGCACCCCAUGUUGAACUCUUGAGACACAGCUUAACUGCAAAAAGAGCAACCUUAUCAGGAAAGAAGAACUAGGCACUUGAUUAAGUACACAGCUCUGCUUCCCCUCUCCUCCUCCUACUUGGUAAAAGGUUCCUAGUCUGUAAGAGACACAUGCUUGCUUAGUGUGAGCUCUUCUUAGUUUUUCUGAAAUAAACCCGCCUGCAUUUGA